UUCUGGCAUAUCAGUGAAACAUAAGAUAUCAUCACUUGCAUACAACAGGAUCUAAAGAUUUACCUUUUAUAGCUUAAUACCCAAUACCUGCAUUGUCUAUAACAAUCUUCAAAUGUCCCUUCUACAGUCAGUAAUUCACAGAGUAAUUCUCCAAGAAGACAUGUUAAGACAAAUAAAACCGCAUCCUUAAUUUCAGCAUUAGAAGAACUGAUUGUACAGAGAUGCACUUUUAUGAUUAUAUUGAAAUUCCGCUGCUUUCAUAUUCUGCAUUUACAGUGCAACAUUUUAUGUCCUUUUGGAUAUCCUGCUGAGUUCUGCAGGAUUCACUACAGUCUUAUGCAUAUUUAUUUGAGAGUAGUUGCAUUUGACUAGAGACUGUCCUACUGAAAUCAGUAUAUAGUGAUGGGAUUUUCUUUUCUUUUGUAGUGGGUUAAUGGGUCUUCUUUGCAUCUUCAACUGUGUUAAACAGCUUUGGGAUAUUUUCAGCUACCAAAUGGGAGAAUACCCAUACUGCUUUUUUGGCACUGUCUCACCAAACUUUUGUGGCCUAACAGGAGAUAGUUCUAAGAACCACAAAAAGAGAUUAAUGUCACCUUGGGGGUUGCAUAUUGCUAACAGCUGAGUCCUGACUUGGGGCCUCUCUCCCCAUAUAUAUGCAAACCAUAAAUCAGCUGCCUCAGACCCAGUUUUCUAUGCCAGUUGCAUUCUUGGCUCUUUUCUUUGAACAGUCACUUAAAAUAAGAAAUGCUACAAAACUAACAUUAUCUGUAGUGUAUCCUUUCACAACUGGAAACGUGAGGCUAGUAUUUGUUCCCUGCCUGACAUUAUCUUCCCUUUAGAAGAACUUAAAAAAAAAAAAAACACAGUAAGUAGCAAUUCAAUUUUGGCAGCAGCGCCAUGUAUUUAAAUUUCUGUUCCUCUCUCUCUCACACACACACGCGUCAAGUCAUCCCCUAAGCACUGUUCAUCAAGGGCCGAACUAGUCCAGACUUGAAAUACUUUACAGUCUGUCAAUGUGAGGGCACCCUUGCGAUCGGGACACCGACCGGCAAAGAAGAGAGGCUUAUCCUCCUUCCUGCGCCGCGUUUCCCACCUGUUAGUCCCCGCUCCCGUCUUCGUGAGGCGGAAGCUGCCAUUACUAGACCAUGGGCAAGCAGCCGUCAGUUGAAUCAGCAAGCCCAGGAGGGUCUGCAACAUCAGAUGACCAUGAAUUUGACCCAACAGCAGACAUGCUGGUCCAUGAUUUUGAUGAUGAACGAACAUUAGAAGAGGAAGAAAUGAUGGAAGGUGAAACAAAUUUCAGUUCUGAAAUAGAAGAUCUUACAAGGGAAGGUGAUAUGCCAAUUCAUGAGCUUCUUAGCCUUUAUGGUUAUGAUGGUUCUGUACCACUACCAGAAGAGGAAGAAGAGGAGGAGGAGGGUGAGGGUGAAGAUAAUGAUAACAACAGUGGGUGCAGUGGAGAAAAUAAAGAGGAGACUAUAAAGGAUUCAUCAGGUCAGGAGGAUGAGACGCAGUCCUCCAAUGGUGAUCCAGUUUCAUCUGUUGUACCAGAAAUAAUUCGCCCACGGCGUUGUAAAUACUUUGAUACAAAUAGUGAAAUAGAAGAGGAAUCUGAAGAAGACGAAGACUAUAUUCCUUCAGAAGACUGGAAAAAAGAAAUCAUGGUGGGUUCCAUGUAUCAAGCUGAAAUUCCAGUUGGUAUAUCUAAAUAUAAAGAGAAUGAGAAAGUGUAUGAAAAUGAUGAUCAAUUGCUAUGGAAUCCAGAUUACUUGACUGAAGAUAAAGUGAUUGAAUUCCUUAAUGAAGCCUCCAGACGAACAGGUGAUGAGAGAGGAAUUGAUGCAAUUCCUGAAGGAUCUCAUAUUAAAGAUAAUGAACAGGCUUUGUAUGAAUUGGUGAAAUGUAAUUUUGAUACAGAUGAGGCAUUAAGAAGAUUGAGAUUUAAUGUAAAAGCAGCCCGAGAGGAGCUGUCUGUCUGGACAGAAGAAGAAUGUAGAAAUUUUGAACAAGGUUUGAAGGCUUAUGGAAAAGAUUUUCACUUAAUCCAAGCAAACAAGGUUAGUAACUUGUAUCAUGAUGAAAGGCAUUAAGUGCAGAGAUGUAAAUGCCUCAU